ACCAUAUUUCUGUGUCCAUUUUCUUCAAAUCAAUUUUUAUUUUAUUUUAUCACUACUAUAUACAAUGGAUACAAAUAGAGUCACAUAUGAAAUAUUUUCUAGCCUUGAGAAAAAAUGGUUGGCACAUUACGAAAACAGUAGUACAAAAACACGAGUUCUUAGCAUAGAUGGUGGUGGAACAACCGGCAUUGUGUCGGGUGCCUCUUUGAUUCACUUAGAAGACCAAAUUCAAGCGAAAACCGGUGACUCGAAUGCUCGAAUCAUCGAUUUUUUCGAUAUCGUUGCUGGCACAGGAAUCGGGGCUUUUUUCGCUGUAAUGCUGAAUGUUGAUGAUGGAAACGGUCGACCUUUGUUUAAUGCUCGUGAAGUUGUUAAGUUUUUGGACGAAAAUCGUAAGAAAAUGUACAAGGUUAAAAACGUUGGGUUUUUAAGAAGGAAAAAAAUGUUUUCGAGUACUAGUAUGGAAAAAGUUUUGAAAAAUGUGUUGAGUAGAGAAAAUGGUCAUAUUUUGACACUAAAAGAUAUGUGCAAACCGAUACUUAUACCGUGUUUCGAUCUCAAUAGUUCGGCGCCUUUUGUUUUUUCUAGAGCGGAUGCUUUAGAGUCAGAUAGUUACGAUUUUGACCUUUGGAAAGUAAUUCGAGCCACAUCGGGUGAUCCAUCGAUGUUCAAGCCGUUUUCAUUAUCGUCUGUCGAUGGGAAAACGGCUUGUGUAGCAAUAGAUGGCGGGUUGGUGAUGAACAACCCGUCUUCGAUUGCUAUUACUCAUGUGUUACAUAAUAAACGAGAGUUUGAGUCGGUUAGUGGCGUGGAAGACCUCAUGGUUUUGUCUAUAGGUAAUGGUUUAAACAUAUCGUCUAGACCGAAACUGGAUAGUCGUGGUAGAUGUGACAAAUCGGCCGUUGUGGGAAUCGUUCUCGAUGGUGUAUCGGAAACCAUCGACCAAAUGUUGGCUAACUCCUUUUGUUGGAACCACGCCGAUUACGUCAGAAUUCAGUCGAACUGUUACAUAAAUGGGAACGUGGGACCGAAAAUGGAGCAAGUAUUGAUGGAAAAAGGGGUUGAAACGUUGCCAUUUGGUGCUAAACGGUUACUAACGGAGACCAACGGAAAAAGAAUUGAAAACUUUGUGCAACGAGUUGUAUCUUCACGAAGAAAUAGCUUGCCACCAAGUCCUUGUAAGGAUGCCGCCGUUAGUCCCAUUGUUUAUGGGCGUUAAGUGCUCCGUUAAGUUUAACUAUCUCAGUUAAAAGGCAUCA